AAAUCGUUUUAGAAUUUACUAAAAAACAAAUCAUUUAAAUUCUAAAUUGAAUACACCUCUAUAAGUUUCGACAAUUUUUCAUUAUAACAGUUUUUUAUCAUUAAGUUGUAUCUUUAUAAAAAAUUGUCAUAUAUAGUGAACAAUAAACUAACAUCAACUUUAAUCUUCAAAAACUUGAAAAGAAGCUUACCUUCAAUUUAAAAGGGUCAUAUGAGACACCAACCUUUGUGAAAUCUAACUUUCAAUAGUUAAAUUUAAUUUCCAAGAAAACUUAAGAUUAAGGGAAAGCUUAGCCUAAAUAUUAUUGUUUUUUGUCAAGAAAAGGUUGGCUCAUAUCAACUUUGUACCUUAUGAUAAAUCACACCUAGAUAAAAUACAUUCCAAGUGAAAAUAAUAUCUCAAGAACUAUUAAACAAAAACAAAGAGUUUAUGCAUCUGCUCGAGCUGAGCAUUUUCAAAUAAAUAGAGAAAGGAAAUAACAAACUUAUUGAAUUAACAUUGGUUAAAAGUUAUUGAAAAUUACAAAAAUUAAUAUAUUUAUUAUAAUAAUAAGUUAAUGUAUUUUUUAAUAUGCGUGAAAACACAAAAAAAUGUAUAUUUGUGGAACGGAGGGGUGUUUGCUCUUAAAAAUGUUUUGUAAUCAACGAGAAGAACAUGCUCUGUCUCCCAUUCAUACGCUCGAACACUACACAAAGAGACGCACAUGCAACUUUUUUAGAUUCCUUUCAAGUUUUGAUGUGCUUGUUGAUCAUAUGAUGUAACUUCAGAUGUCGAGAACAUGAGGGAAAAUAGUAAGAAUUACACAAUAUACUUUGCACCUUGUGAUAAAAUUAAACUUGAAUAAAAAUUACAUUCCAAAUGAGAUUACAAACUUGAAUCCCAAAAAUUAUUAAGCGACAACAGAAUGCAUAAAAACACUGCUCGAUCUGAGCACAUAAAAUAAAUGGAGAAAGAAAAUAACAAACAAGGUAAUAUUUCUUUAAGUGUUUGUUUCCAUCUAUUGCUUCAAAUCUUGAAACUCAUCAAGAACGAUUUGAUCUUCUAUAGUAGAAUUAACAGAGUAACUCACAGUAUGGUUCCUGUCACAGAGAAAUAUCCACACAUUAAUUAGAUCCAUGAAUCCAACUAAGACACAAACAUUAUGCAUUUAUGCAUAUAGAUUAAGGAUAGUAUUAAAUUGUUGAUUAUUGGCAUAGACAAAGAGAAAAUAGGUUGGACUGUUGUGCAUGCAGAAGACUACAGUAUAGUUAUUCUGACAUGUUUUAUUUUAUUUAUUUUAUAUAAAUAUAGAUAAACCAAAACUAUCAUUAUGUAGAAGGAAAAGAAUUCUUUGACGUAAAGCUACAAGUUUCAUGUUAUUUGAGUUUGAAAUUCAGGUAAAGAAUAGGAGAUAGUGUAAGAUUUUAAGUUACGAUAUUCGUCAUUGCCCAGUGUCGUGUUUUGAUGGAAGAAGAAUUUGAUUCUUUGCUUCAUUUGAAAAGAUAAAAGGGGCAUAUAUAUAUAUAAUGAUGUCUCCCGGCUCAAACUUUUAUUAUAUAUAUGAUUAAACAAAGCCCUCUGAUUCACAUAGAAUAUGGAUCCAAACAGAUCAAUAUAUAACCUAGCCAUUCAUAAGCAUCCUCUUUUCCCUUCAGCUCGUUUUUUUCUUGGUGAAUGUGCUGGCUGCCAUGUAAAAGAACAUAUAUACGGCGGUUACAUUUGCAACGAGCCUUGUUGUUAUGGUUGGUUUCAUAAGGAGUGCGCCGAAGCUCCACCAGAGAUUAAUCAUCAUCCUUCUCAUUUGGAGCAUCCUCUCCUACUCACUAAUGACUCUCAGCCGAAAGAUAGUCCAUGUGAUUGUUGUGGAAAAAAUCUUUUGUCCCCGUGUUAUACUUGUCCCACAUGUGAGUUCAAAGUGGAUUUGAUUUGCGGGAUGAAACCUUCGCCGCCUGCUAUUGAACAUCCGAUGUGCCAUGACCAUUCACUUGUGUUUUUGAAGAAACGAGAGGUGGAGGUUCCUUGUGAUGCAUGCAAGGAAUCUAUUGGUGGACCGUCUUACUCAUGUCUUGAAUGCAUCCAUGUGUACUUCCACUUGGAUUGUGUUCAUCUCUCGAAAGAGAUGUAUCAUCCUUGUCACCCAAGUCACCCUCUCGAAGUUGCCGAAGAAUCCAAGAAGAGUUGUUAUUUUUGUGCAGCUCGACCAAAGGUGCUUUAUCAUUGUUCUAUUUGCAAUUUCAGUGUGUGCUUUGGUUGUACUAAACAUCCACCACCUCUUGUUGUUGAGGAUCCCAAGACUCACAAGCACCCACUUAGUCUUUUUGCAAGCCAAAUCUCGUUUACUUGCAAUCGUUGUGGAACUGAAAGCAACGACCCUAAACCUUACAUAUGUGUCAAGUGCAAUUUUGUCGUCCAUGGAAAUUGUAUCGACUUUCCUCGCAUCAUAAACAUCAAUCGUCAUGACCAUCGCAUCUCUUUCACAUAUCAUCCUGGCCGUCGGGGACCUCGGGGUACACGUUGUGGAUUUUGUUGGGGAGCUGUAAGUCAGUACUACGGAGCUUACGUCUGCUCGGUUUGCCCUGACUACACAGUUCAUUCGCGUUGUGCAGUUUAUUUACAUGUAUGGAACGGUGUGGACCUCGAAGGGACACCCGAGAGGAGCGAAGAUAUUGCACCAUUCAAGGUGGUGGGACAUAAUUUGAUACGUCAUUUCAGCCAUAGCAAACACACUUUAAGACUCGUCGAGGAUAUUGUCAAUAUUCAUGAUGUUUACGAGAGCAUACGAUGCGGCGCAUGCGUAAGUCCGGUCGGGUUUGGCCCUCCGAUUUACGCUUGUGGGAAUUGGGAAUGUCAUUUUUUUCUCCAUGAAAAGUGUGCUAAUUUUGCUAUAAAGAAAAGACUCGUCUUUCGCACCGCACCCUACAUGUUGGAAUGUGGUGAUGACGCAGCAAUAUAUUGCCAGAUGUGUGGAAUGUUAUGCGAUGGUUUCAAGUAUACAUCCCAAGGAGUUACGCCACGCCACUGUGUAGAUGUACAUUGCAGUUCCCUUCCAGAGCCGUUCGUUCAUAACGCGCAUUCGCAUCCCCUACUUAAUCGUAGAAUAACGAAUAUUGUUUGCCGUGCAUGUAAGAAGAGGCUUUCCAAUGACAACGUGCUCGGUUGUUAUGCUUGUAAUUUUUUCUUGUGUUUGUAUUGCGCUACUUUACCAAAAAAGAUACUGCAUAUGAGCAGCGAUGAUGAGCACCCUCUCACUUUAUACUAUGGUGAAAAGAGCAACGGCACGAGCUGGUGCGGCGUUUGUGAGAGUGAACUAGAUCCAAGUUAUUGGUUAUAUACAUGCUCCGAAUGUGGAGUAGCCUUGCAUGUUCAAUGUGCAUUUGGAGAUUUCUCACGUCUCAAGCCAGGACGCAUCUAUAACUUUGGAGAAAGAGAUUACAAAGUGGUCCUUAACAGUGGCAACACUAGGCCAUUUUGCAGCCACUGUCACUCCCGAUGCAAGGUCCCCUUCAUCUUAAGGGACAAAAGUAAAGACAAUGGAUGCAUCUGUUCCCUUUCAUGUCUUUCAAUAGGCUUGGGCAAUAUUCGGUUCCUCGGAUCGGGCCUUUUCGGAUCCAGGUCGGAUCUUGGUGGGUCCGAAUCCUUAGGAUCUUAGAUAUUUAAGAUAUUUAGACCCAAUGGAGUAAAGACAAUGUAUACAUCUGUUCACUUUCAUGUUUUUCAAGUUGUUUGGGUAUAAAAUUUGGUUAACUUCCAAGGACCGAAAAGUUAUACAGAGUGAUAUUGUUUCCUAGUGAAGAGGGCUGGUUAUUUAUAUAUUUACAAACAAAUUGAGAAUCAAUUAUGGUUCCAGCUUCUAUAACUUCUGCAAUAAAAAAAAAUCCCCUUGUAAA